CUGAAAGGUGCUGUCCAUCAGAGAUUGCAAUCCGCCUUGUGCAGUUCUCAGAUAUAUUUAAAUCUUCUUUUACCCUUCAAAGGCUAGUUGGAAGAAGUGUUAGGUCAUUAUUUCAGGCUGUAGCUUAAUGCUUAGGUUUAAUGGCAUAUGAUCUCUCUCCCGCGUUCACCAAGGACCUUCAUUCACUGAAGGUCAAGGUAUUAAAUGCUAUUUUUAAACACACACCCAGCAGUGAAGAGUUAAAAAUAGACUUCUACGAAAACGUCCAGUAAUUGGUUAAACCUUGUUAGCCAUCACAUGAAGAUGAUAACUCCUCCCAGGAAAAGCCAUAGCAAAAGCAGCUUUGACAUGGAUUUAUACUUAGAAGAGCAGCUGCAGGCUUACUGGGAAGGCGUUCACAAUAUAGGCUCAUGGACAACUAGCAGAAAAAAACACAACCACCUUGAUUCUGCAAAGGAAGGGAAGGAAAAAAAAUAUUAUUUAUUUAUUUAUUUAUUUAUUUAUUUCUCAUGAUGGUCUGCAAAUGAAUUCCAUGGAUUUCCUACUUUGGAACAAUCACCAGUAGACAGAAAACCUAAAAGGAUGGAGCUGGGAAAGGCAAAGCUGCUGAGGACUGGUCUCAAUGCUUUAUAUCAAGCCAUCCACCCCGUGCAUGGAAUCGCCUGGACAGAUGGGAAGCAAGUGGUACUGACUGCUUUGUACUACCAGAACGGAGAGCUGAAGUUUGGAGACUCAAGUGUUGUUGGUCAAUUUGAACAUGUGCAUGGGCUUUACUGGGGCCCGUGUUGCUCUACAGAGACCCCAGCUCUUCUUGCUGUUCAGCACAAAAAGCACGUCAGCGUUUGGCAGCUGGGCUGCAGCACUGCCGAGAAGAACAAACCCUUGGUUUCUCAGACCUGUGAAAUAGGUGAGCCGUUUCCACUGCUUUCCCAGGGCUGCGUGUGGCAUCCAAAACAGGAGGUCUUGGCUGUGCUUACGAAGAGAGAUGCUUCAGUCUUGCACGCUGUUCGUACGGACAGUAGCAGAGUCAAGGCAGACAUCAAAAGCAGUGGGCUUAUUCACUGCGCUUGCUGGACUAAGGAUGGCAAUCGUUUGGUAGUUGCUAUAGGCAGUGCCCUGCAUUCCUAUAUUUGGGAUGAUGCUCAGAAAGCUCUAAAUGUCUGCUCCUUUUGCCCAGUCUUCGACGUGGGAGGUUAUAUCUGCGCUAUGGAAGCCACAUUGGAUUUCCAAAUUGCUGUAGCUACUGAGCUUCCUUUAGAUAACAUCUGCGGUUUGAACGCGGGCAUUACGUUUGAUACGCCAUCUGGCACCAAAACUGGUUCUUUAAUCUCACAGUCUAUGGUGUUUGGUGAUGAGGAAUACUCCAUGGACCUGCGACGAAGGUCCACAGAUUCAGACAGGUCAGGCACUGUCGAUUCAAUAGCUUCUUCUUCAUCGGGUCCUGGGGAUUUAACCCGCAUCCUUGCAAACCACCGGCGGUCUGAUCCUGGUCCUCUCAUUACUCUGAAACGCAAAGACUCUGCAACAAUUAAUGGUCAAGAUUCUUCUUACCUGAUCUUGGUGACUUUUGAGAGGAAGGUAACCACCACCAGAAAAGUCAACAUCCCAGGUAUUCUGGUUCCUGACAUAAUGGCUUUUGACCUUCGAGCUCAGAUUGUGGCAGUAGCUUCUAAUACAUCUAACAUUGUUUUGGUGUAUUCAGUGACCUCUUCCUGCAUGCCCCAUAUUCAACAAAUCCAGCUGGAAAAAAAUGAAAGACCAAAGGGCCUGUGCUUUUUGACCGAUAAGCUCCUGUUGAUUCUCAUCGGGAAGCAAAAGUUCCCUGAGCCUAACUUCAUUCCCUCUUCAAGUUCAGACAGGUACGUAAUGCGUCUGAUGACCAAAGAACUGAUGCUGGAAGAAGAUUCUUCAGCUCUGCCAGACACUAAGCAGCAUAUGCUUUAUAGCUUUGUAUCCUCGGUGAACAUACCUGGAAAAAGAAAGUUCUUUGAAAAUCUUGCCACGGAAGACCAAGCUCCAAGCAGGGAGCUGUUAAUACCAAGAAACACAGUUAUUCAGUCUCCUAGCGGCAGGAGAAGACUCAUUGAAGAAGUGAAGAGUGCUAGUUAUGAGCAGAGCUCUUCCUCAAGUAUUAGUGACCUGGAUGAGAAAAAGCUCCCAGGUGACGCCUCUGUUGCCUUGGAAAAUUUGGAUGCUGAACCUAUCAAUCGUUCAAUGGCUCUGCUUGGUUUUGGAACACCUGCCAGGCCUUCCAGUAGACCAGCUUCCCCUAAAGUGCAGCUCAAUGUGAUCCAAGAAACAUCAAGCUCUAAAAAUAACAAUUUGCCAAGUGAAAGAGGAAUGAGUCACAUAUCUAGAAAUUUAGAGAGACUUUGUGGCAGCUUCAACGAGUUACAACUGAGUAUUUCUGAAAUAACAGACCUUGCUAAAAAUGGGAGAAGGGUAUCUUUAGCCUAUCCGUGUUCACAGGAACCGCCGGUUGUUCAUAUCACGUAUCAGAAAUGUUUUGCAAAUGGAGCAGUUACUGAAGAAACAAAAGAUGUUCUCCUCUGUGAUGGCAAGAUCCAUUUGAAUUUAGUCCAGCAGCUGUUUGAUCUGCCCAUUAUUGAAAUGAAACAUGGCUCUUCUUGGAUUGUGCUCACUGCAGACAAGGACGGCUUUGUGCCAUUAAUAUUCAAAGCAGCACAAGAGAUAAUCAUAAGGGAUGGAACUGACAGUUCGGAAGUCUGUGGAGGGCACUCCUACAGAAGGGGCAGUCUAAUGCAACCACCCAGCAGAGUGACAUAAUUUCUCAACAAAACCCACUAACGAUCCUUUUUCUUUUCUGAAGCAAUACAGAGAUGUUCUGCAGUGUCAGAAACUGAACGACUAGAAAGCUGUCCUCACUACUUGCAAUAUAUUUUAACUGUACAAUCUGUGAUAUGGUUACACAAUAGCUAAGUCCUAGGGUUGGCUGGACCCUGAUGAUUUCUUCUGAAGGAUCAGACCUAGCCUGAAGUUUAUCAGCGCUGUUAUUCAUGGCUGCCAGGGGACUGAAGCAGAGACUGGUUUCUAAUUGUGGUAAGAAUGUUCAGGGAGAAAAACAUUAUGCUAAAAAUCAUGCAGUAAAAACAAGCCUGGCUAAUACAGGAGUACAGACACCACAAAAGCAACAAAAUGCUUUUUGUUGCAUGAGAAAAUGCAAUUAAAGAGCAUUUAUGUUGAGGAAAACUGGGAAGGGAAAUAAGAAAGGAAAGCGCUUUUAGGCUCGCUUUGCUGUUCCAGUGGGUCCCAUGGAAACCUGCAAUGUUUUCAAAAAUGCAUAAUUCUAACACGAAAACAUUCAGCUGCUAAAAUGGCUGCACCGCUGUCUCAGUCCUACACAGCACGUAGCUUUAUACAGGCACACGGGAGAAAGAAAAAAGCCCUGCCAGGUAAAUUAAGGAUCAAAGACACUGAAUGUAAAUUUCAUUCGGCUACAUGUAGAUGUCUACACUGAACUUGCCACCUAGACUCCUGUAGGAUCAGUCACAAAACCAACUCCUACAGCAGAUCACUCGUGUCGGCUGUAGAUUUCUAGAAGGGAUGAUGGCGAACCAUCCCUAUUCAGUCAGUAACUAAGUGCCUACUCCAUUCCCCUGCCUGCGAAGCGAGCUGGUGUGACUGGUCUGAGUGCAGACAUUUACACGUAGGCAGAUGGAUCUCACCCUCAGAGACAAGGGUAAUACCAAAACAUCUGAGGAGCAGACAGAUUCAUGGAAAUUCAGUGUUCAUGACUACGGUGACAGGUAACGGAGGAACUGAGUGAACUCCCGAAGGAACUCCCUGUCUUCUCAUCCUCCAAAUGCCAUGAGAUGAGUAAAGAGUUGUGAGCAGCCACGUGGGUGAGGUUUAGCCUCUCCUACUGCUGCACAACCCCCCCAAAAAACACGUCAAGGUUCAUCCUGUACAAUCAGGGAAACAUAAAAGGGGUGAGACUUAUUUAAUCUAUUACUAUUUUUCAUUCUACACAUUUUGGGUCUUGCUAGUGCCCCUGGAGAGUCUUUCUUCCCUACCUGGGAACCAUGUCAAACCUCACAGUGCACAGACACGCUAAAAUCCAGGUGUAAUACCUCACCCCUACCAGUCCUGGAUCAGUAAGGCAGAUCUAUGAUCUGAAAGCACUUAAUGGGAUUGUGAAGUUUGGCACGAGUGUCACCCCAGUGAUGCAGCCAGAAAUCAUGGGAGGAACAAAUUAAUUCAAUUCACUGUUAUAAAUGUCUUUCUCACACAAGUAUCUUCCCAGAGACAAAGAAAUCAUUAUUCUACCAAGGCGACAAGCUACACGAUGUAGCCAGGUAUAUUUUCCUAACAUUUCCUUAUAUUUCUAAAUGAUGUAAUGCAUUUUGAAGGAGCAAAAGACACUUCACCAACAUCCUCGUGUAUCACGAUUUUCUGGUAUUUGAAACACGUAGGUCUGUGGCCAAGUGAAAUAAAAAAUAAUUAUAAUUAACUAUAAAUGCCAGAAGGUAUAUUUUAUAGGAAUGUUUUGGAUAUACUAAAGGAAGGAUUGAAGGAAAUUUUCCUGACAAAUAUUGUCUUCUAAGGGAAAUGGUGGUAGUCCCACAGUUUGGUCCGCUUGAUGUGAGACCACUGAAAUACAAAGAAAUACGUUGCACAGUACAGACCUGCACUGCAAACAUACGAAAUUGAAGAAAUAGAGAACUGAGCCUAUCGGGUUGCUGACACACCAAGAUACUUCCAUCUGUACUGAAUGGCUGCUUUGAGUUCCUGCUAUACGCUAUUCCAAAGGACUUGUUGCCAGAAGAAUCAUGCUCCAUGAGCUCCUGCUCCACCUUUUGUCAUCUUCAUGCCUUAGUGCCGUUGCACUAAAGGGGGGAUUCCCAAAUAAUCAUGAAUAAUUCCCAAAGGGGGAAUUCUGGAAGGGGAAAAUCUUACCUAAUAAGAUCAGCGAGUACGUGCAUUAAAGAAGCCUCAGAACUUGUAAUUAUCAUGAGACAUUUCCCUGUCAGUCUGUCACGCUCCCGUUUUAAUUUUUCAUGUGCUACUUUUCUAUGAAACGAUCUGCCUGUUGAGAAGAUCAGGAGUGAAAGGAGCUUCCACGCCUGAAUGACUGCCAAGUUUCGGAGCUAAAAGGAGGCAAAUAAACUUUCAGAUGACAAAACAAUUAGUUUCAGGGAAUAGCUCUAAAAGCUGGCUGUAAAAUUCAGAAACUUGGUUCUGUGAUGCUUAACGAACUUUUGGAUUUGUUAUACUUUGGUGGCAUUUUUUCCCUUGCUGUGUGAUUCAAUGGUUACUGAACCUGUGUGGGACCUUAUCUGUCUGAAGGCGCUACCAUUAUCCAGCACAAUCAGUCUUGUAACAAAUGAGGACCCAGUUCAUCUUUUUGCAGACUUAGAAAUUUAUAGGAAGGCUCAGGAAAAAUGUUCGAUAUUAUCAAUUAGUACUGUUAAAAAACAGCACUACCCUCCAUGCUUAUGAACACACAUCACGCACAUGUAACUCUGGUGGAAAAUAAGUGUUCAACUCAUAUGCAUUCAAUUAAAAACGAACAACUCCUAAAUGAAGGAAGAUUUGUUUCCAGUUAAUGAUAUAGGGGUCCGGUGCAGGACUAUUUUAAAUAGCGUCUAUCACAGGGCUAUAAAGAUAAAAUUGAAAGUAAUAAAAGCACUGGAAUAAGUGCUGAAGAGAUUUAUGCAAAGCAGAGGAUACAUUUUCAGCUUUGGUUUGGAUCGAGAACAGAUGGGGAAUCAGCGAAGUAAAGAGAUAUAAGGCUGUUCUAUUAAGCACAAGCUGUACAGAAGAUUUUUGCACAAACAAUGAAAAAAGCAUGCGGAAAGAUAAAGAGAGCUUGUACUAUGUGAGUUGAGCAGACAGUAGGCUGUGAAAGGGAGAAAAGCACGAACUGGGAAGCAUUCACCUUCCUCCAGCAGGGCUGUUUCAUAAACAGUGGCCCAAAUCAAUCGGUUUAGAAAAAGUGGAGUUGUUCAGGUCACCUGAAUUUCAUAAAGGUGCUGAGUCCCUCUUUUAGGCUCCUUCUUUCAUCAGCAGAGAGGACAGGCUCCUCCAGAAGAAUAAUGAGUGUGCCUGUGCAAGGUUCCUGUCUAGAGUCACCCUGGAGGGAAGUCUGCCUUUCAUAAUUAAAACAGAGGAAAGUGAGGGAGACGAGGAGCUUAAAUGAGAAGUCAAAGCAUAACGCUUACACUCAGUAUGCCAUACCAGUGGCACUCAGAACACUUAAUGGCAUACCAGCUCCUCCAAAACAUUACCCCUGUGGGGAAUAAACAACAUACCAGGAA